GCUCUCUUUUCCCCCUCAGGCUCCAGCCAUCUAGCGGCCCAGGCUCUGCUCAGACGCCUCCGCGCGGUCUCCCCGUGCGGUCACCGCGCCCCCGAGCCCCGCAGCUAGCGGCCUCCGACCCGGACUCGGGGUCGCGCGCCCUGACUCCGCCCACUCCCGCGGACUCGCGCGCUCCCGGCCGGGCCUUUAUCCCACACAGGCCUCCGAGCCCUUGGUCGCCUCCCCCGCCCACUCCGCGCUCUCUGAGGCGAGCGCGCUCCCGGCCCGCGCGCUCCAGACUCCGGCUUCUCCCGGCUCCUGUCAGUGCAGUGACUGCGCUGGGAAACAUGGCGACCGAGGGAAUGAUCCUCACCAACCACGACCAUCAAAUCCGUGUCGGAGUCCUCACAGUGAGUGAUAGUUGCUUCAGGAAUCUUGCAGAAGAUCGCAGUGGGAUAAAUCUAAAAGAUCUCAUACAAGAUCCUUCUUUGUUGGGUGGUACUAUAUCAGCAUACAAGAUAGUACCAGACGAAAUAGAAGAAAUCAAGGAAACCCUGAUAGAUUGGUGUGAUGAAAAGGAACUUAAUUUGAUUUUAACAACUGGAGGAACAGGGUUUGCACCCCGAGAUGUCACUCCUGAGAAAUUCCCAACACUCCCAUUUUGUGGGCUCCAGAAAGGGGCCACAAAAGAAGUAAUAGAACGGGAAGCGCCAGGGAUGGCCCUGGCAAUGCUGAUGGGAUCACUUAAUGUUACACCUCUGGGCAUGCUCUCUAGACCAGUAUGUGGAAUCAGAGGAAAAACUCUCAUAAUCAACCUGCCAGGUAGCAAGAAAGGAUCUCAGGAAUGCUUUCAGUUCAUACUGCCAGCUCUACCUCAUGCCAUUGAUCUUUUACGUGAUGCCAUUGUAAAAGUAAAGGAAGUGCAUGACGAACUUGAAGAUUUACCUUCUCCACCACCUCCUCUUUCCCCGCCUCCCACAACUAGCCCCCAUAAACAGACAGAAGACAAAGGGGUUCAAUGUGAGGAAGAGGAAGAAGAAAAGAAAGACAGUGGUGUUGCUUCAACAGAAGACAGUUCUUCAUCACAUAUAACUGCAGCAGCCAUUGCUGCCAAGAAGCAUCCAUUCUACACCAGUCCUGCUGUUAUCAUGGCACACGGUGAGCAGCCCAUCCCUGGUCUCAUCAGUUAUCCCCAUGAUGCAACAGGCAGUGCAGAUGAACGGAUUCCAGACUCCAUCAUUUCUCGUGGUGUUCAGGUGCUCCCACGAGACACAGCCUCCCUUAGCACUACUCCUUCAGAAUCGCCUCGUGCUCAGGCUACAUCUCGCCUUUCUACAGCUUCCUGCCCAACACCAAAACAAAUUAGACGGCCGGAUGAAAGCAAAGGAGUUGCUAGUAGAGUUGGAUCCCUCAAACUCCAUCGAAAGCUGGAGGAGCUCAGAGAUCACCUAGAAGGCAAUGUCAAAGGAUACUCUCUCAGAGUAAAUGUCCAGUCCAGGUGCAGCAGCAAGGAGAACAUUCUCAGAGCAAGUCACAGUGCUGUCGAUAUCACCAAGGUGGCUAGAAGACACCGCAUGUCUCCUUUUCCUCUAACAUCUAUGGACAAAGCCUUUAUCACAGUCCUCGAGAUGACUCCGGUGCUUGGGACAGAAAUCAUCAACUACCGAGAUGGAAUGGGGAGAGUCCUUGCCCAAGAUGUAUAUGCAAAAGACAACCUACCCCCCUUCCCAGCAUCAGUAAAAGAUGGCUAUGCUGUCCGAGCUGCCGAUGGCCCAGGAGACCGUUUCAUCAUUGGGGAAUCCCAAGCUGGUGAACAGCCAACUCAGACAGUAAUGCCGGGACAAGUCAUGCGGGUCACAACAGGUGCUCCAAUCCCCUGCGGUGCUGAUGCAGUGGUACAGGUGGAAGACACGGAGCUUAUCAGGGAAUCCGAUGAUGGCACUGAGGAACUUGAAGUACGAAUUCUCGUGCAAGCUCGGCCAGGCCAAGAUAUCAGACCCAUCGGCCAUGACAUUAAAAGAGGAGAAUGUGUUUUGGCCAAAGGAACUCACAUGGGCCCCUCAGAGAUUGGUCUUCUGGCAACUGUAGGUGUCACAGAGGUUGAAGUUAACAAGUUUCCAGUGGUUGCAGUCAUGUCAACAGGAAAUGAGCUGCUAAAUCCUGAAGAUGACCUCUUACCAGGAAAGAUUCGAGACAGCAAUCGUUCAACCCUCUUAGCAACAAUUCAGGAACAUGGUUACCCCACAAUCAACUUGGGAAUUGUGGGAGACAACCCAGAUGAUUUACUCAAUGCCUUGAAUGAGGGUAUCAGUCGUGCUGAUGUCAUCAUCACAUCAGGGGGUGUAUCCAUGGGGGAAAAGGACUAUCUCAAGCAGGUGCUGGACAUUGAUCUUCAUGCUCAGAUCCAUUUUGGCAGGGUUUUUAUGAAACCAGGCCUGCCAACAACAUUUGCAACUUUGGAUAUUGAUGGUGUAAGAAAAAUAAUCUUUGCACUACCAGGGAAUCCUGUGUCAGCCGUGGUCACCUGCAACCUCUUUGUUGUUCCUGCCCUGAGAAAAAUGCAGGGCAUCUUGGAUCCUCGGCCAACCAUCAUCAAAGCCAGGCUAUCAUGUGAUGUAAAACUGGAUCCUCGUCCAGAAUACCAUCGGUGUAUACUGACUUGGCAUCACCAAGAACCACUGCCUUGGGCACAGAGUACAGGUAAUCAGAUGAGCAGCCGUCUGAUGAGCAUGCGCAGCGCCAACGGAUUGUUGAUGCUACCUCCUAAGACGGAGCAGUAUGUGGAGCUCCACAAGGGCGAGGUGGUGGACGUCAUGGUCAUUGGACGGCUAUGAUGAUCGCCAGCAGGAGGAGGCUUUGAUGCAUGUCCACAUAUCAUUGACUGUAUCCUGUAAUAUGCAACGGCACAGCUAGUUUUUCUGAUUUGGAUAAAAGUUGAUCUGUAUAGUCAACAUCUUGAACUAUAUUUCAAAAGAAUUUAAAUACAUUUUAAAGAAAAAAACACCUAAAAAUAAAUCUUAACAGACAACUCUAUUCUGAUUAUAUCAAAGCAAAUUUUUCCUUUCUUGCAAAUUGCUUUGUGUGUUCAAUGCUAGGUCUGAUAGCUUUUAGUAGACAGCAAUAGGUGCCUGCCGAACUUGUGUUUUUCUCAUCUUUAAAAUACAACUAAUUAUGCUCUUAAAUCAAGGCUGUCUGCUUAUUUAUACUACUGUAGGCAACACUUGGAUUUCCCUUCUUAGUACGCUUCAUAACCGCUUUACAGAGAGCUUUUGCUUGUUCUUUAUCAUGUAUCUCGUGUUUAUGUGCACAGUGCCAAAAGAAGAGGGACUGGGCGGAGCCCUGCCCUGCCUCCAGGAGAACCAUCCCCUGCAGGGUGUCUGGAAGGGUUCUCGCCCAGGAGCCUCAAGGCACAGUACUCUUGGACAGUAACUGGAUAACUUUUAUUUCAACAAACAAACUUGGGGGGGGAAAUGCUUCCUUAAGUGCUGACAGCCUUUUUAACCAAUACAUUUAAAAUUGUACAGAACAAAAAAAUAAAAUCAGAGACUGAUCUUGUACAGGUAUUAGUGUUACCAGCAUUCAUGUGGAAAUCAAGAGCAAAGAAAAAACAGUAUUAAACAACUCUGUACCAUAACAUUUUCUGUAAUGAUACUGAAACUUAAUGAAUAAAAAAAAUCCUUGAUCAUUAUUUAAAAAUC